AUGCAGUUUCGAACUUUGUUGGCGGUGGCAGGCUUGUCAAUUUGCUGCUCGUCUGCUCAAAUUAUCGGAGAUCGGGUCAUUUCACUCGAAAAUAAACGCUACAAUGGCACUACUAAAGUCGAAUUCACUACGGAAGCUCUCGGUCAGGCCGACUUCUUCAAACUUGACCCGGCCCCGAACGCCACCACAUUUGACUCGUGGUACUUCGAAGCGAUGAAUCCAUCUACCAAUGAGACUGUCAUGUUCAACUUUGAGGUGCAUUGGCCAGUCGAUAAUGGUGUUGCUACCUCGAAAACCCUCUAUCGAGUUACCAUUUUUGGAUCCUUUGCAAAUGGUACAGCCUACAGCUACGGAGUCGACGCCGAAAAUGUCAACAUUACCGAGAGGGCUGACACAAGUAUGCGGGUGGAUUACUUUGGUGGCAACGAGUUCAGUUGGUCAGGCUCGAGCCUGUUGAAGCCAAGACCGGUCUACAACGUGACCAUCAACGCGCCCCAGGCUGGUAUUACAGGGAGUAUCAAUUUCCAAGGCAGUCUCGCCCCACCUCACUAUUCCUGCGGAAUCGACGCGGCAGGAGUCGACGAGCGGAACAUCGAAGGAGUUGCCUGGGCAAACGCAUUACCAGACGCUAACGCCACUGUUUCCCUCCAAAUACACGACACAGCCAUGUCGUUCGAAGGAUAUGGAUACCACGACAAGACCUGGGUUGAUCGUCCCUUCGAGAAGGCGCUCCAGGCCGCCUUCUGGGGCCAUGCUCGUCUCGGACCUUACGCCGUUGUGUGGUGGCACUCACGAGCACAGGACGGAACAGACAUUAGUGCGGAAUAUCUUGCCAGGUGGGAAGAUGGGCGGGUCAUUGCCGCUCGUUGCGUUGACAGACCGAACAAUACUCUGGGAUGGGGAGAGGGUCAGAUAUGGCCGCUCGUUCCUGGCACUCCGGCGCCCGCAGGCAUGUUCAUGCGCUGGGAUCUGGGAGACGCCGGUAUAUUUGUUGCGAACAUCACAAGCAACCUUAAGUUUGUGGAUAUUCCUUUCUGGCAGGCUGGCAGAGGACCUGUCACUGGUGGUUUUGAAGGCCAAGAAAGUUAUACUGAUGAGACUGGAUUGUGGUCACUCAACCAACUCCAGCCGUUGUGA